CACUGCAUCCCGAAAGCUGGACCAGUCGCAGCCAUUUUACUCAGCGAAAUAAACUUCAGUCUCAAAGCCUGAGAAGACUGUAGUCUCCGACAUCCCUCGCCUUACGUCAGUCAUGGAUAUGUCUUGAACCACGGCUCGGAUGGGUUCUGGUUUCGAGUCAGCGCUGUUCGGAAGCACAAAGACAUAAAGGGACUCAGACCCCCCCUCCACGUCUGAGACAUGAUGGAGCUCCAGGCUUCUCCGGGGCAGCUAGGAGCAGAGGGGGAUUGUGGGAUGUCAAAUCUACUGGUGCCCAGUCCCCAGAGUGAGGCAGUGACCCAUGAGAUGGAGGAGCUGACCUUGCAGCCUUCACAGAGCCUGCCCCCUUUGAAUGAACGCAAAAAUGGAGUGCUGAAGCAGGGAAACGGAUAUAACGUGCCAGACAAUUGGACACGAGGACAAAAGUUGGGGACCUCUCAAACUACUGGAGUACACUUUUGUAUUGAAGUUUUGCAGUUGAGGCUCCAACAAAGGCGAACCCGGGAGCAGCUGGUGGAUCAGGGCAUCAUGCCACCUCUGAAGAGUCCAGCCGCUUUCCACGGUCAGAUCCGCAGCCUGGAAAGAGCCCGGACUGAGAAUUUCCUCAAGCACAAGAUCCGCAGUCGUCCAGAGCGAGCCGAGCUGGUCAGGAUGCACAUCCUGCAAGAGACUGGAGCAGAGCCCUCACUGCAGGCCACUCAGAUGAAGCUGAAGAGGGCCCGGCUAGCUGACAACCUGAAUGAAAAGAUCGCCCAAAGACCCGGCCCCAUGGAGCUGGUGGAGAAGAACAUCAUUCCAGUGGAUUCCAGCCUCAAACAGGCCAUCAUAGUGGGCCAAGUGAAUUAUCCCAAGGUUUUGGAUGAAGACAGCUGUGAGGCCCUGUCGCCAGAGCAACCAGCCAGCCAGGAGUCCCAAGGAUCUGCCUCCUCACCUGCAGAAAGCAAAGUGCCAGAAACUCCUUCACCGAGCGCAGCACCCAUACCCACCACCAUACUGCAGGUUCUCCCAACAACAGACUGUACAAAAUGGAUUUCCACCAAUGAGCAGCCUCCAAACUGUCCAGCUCUCCCCUUUACUCAGCCAUCUGCUCCACCAAAACCAGGACCAACUCUGGUGAAACAAAGCCAGCCCAAAUCUUCCUCAGAGAAGAGCCGCAGCAAGAAGAGCAAGGAGUCAAAGUCGAGGGUGAAGAAGCUCAAAUACCACCAGUACGUUCCUCCGGACCAGAAGCAGGAGCCCAGUGAAGUACCCAUGGACUCAUCGUACGCUCGACUGCUGCAGCAGCAGCAGCUGUUCCUCCAGCUGCAGAUCCUCAGCCAGCAGCAGCAGCAGCACUACAACUAUCAGACCAUACUACCAGCUCCCCUCAAAUCCUUGGCCGAGGGUCAGAAUAAUGGCAUUGGUAAGCUGCCCGCUUCCAUCAUGGUGUCUUUGCCCACUGGGACCCCACCUCCCCCUCAGCCUCAAGCUCGUCCAAACUCCACGUCUAACCGUAAACCAGGAGUCCUCACAGCCAACCUUGAGGAGAUGAAGGUGACUGAGCUGAAGUCAGAGCUCAAACUGCGUGGCCUCCCAGUGUCAGGAACAAAAACAGAUCUGAUAGAAAGACUGAAGCCUUUCCAGGACAUCACCACUCCUGCUGCUACCACCGCCUCCUCCAUCGCCAUGGAGGUCACCCCAACUACAGCAUCUGCUAUAGUUCUUCCAGUCCAGAAAGUGGUGUCGGAGAGCAAAAGCUCUACGCCGCCUGUCUCACCUGUUCCCAUCGACCCAGCUCCCCUCCAGCUGGAUGUGGGUCUGUGUGAGKCUCCAGCCUCUGCUGGGCCACGCUCCUCCCCUCAGCCACCUUUUCAAGUCCCUGAGGAGAAAGACAGGAGGCUGCAUGAGAAGGAGCGUCAGAUAGAGGAGCUGAUGAGAAAGCUGGAGCAGGAGCAGAGACUGGUGGAGGAGCUGAAGAUGCAGUUAGAGGUGGAGAAAAGAGGUCAGGUGGACUCUGUGUCUCCCAUCAGCGCCUUUCCUGCUGUCCUCAACCCAAACGAGGUGAAACUGGAGGCAGCUGUCCUGUCAAACUGCUCGUCCAACACGCCCGCCAUCCCAAACUCAGUCCCAACGCCCCGGCCCACCGUGGUCAAACUGGAGGAUAUGACUGUUUCUGCAGGCAAGCCGCUGCAUCUGCAGACCCAAACCCAGCUCAUCACACAGCUCCAGCCUCAAGCUAAACCCCCAGUAGCCUCCAGCCCGCAGCUCUGCCCUCAGUCCCAGACAAGUCCCCAAAUCCAGGCUCAGCCUGCAGCCUCUGGCCUCCAGCAGUUUUUUAUCAGCCACCCUGGUGGGGUGUCCCAAGUCCUGGGUCAGCCUCAGACGCUGCUGACGACCGGCCAGGCUGGAACUCAGAUCCUCUUCCCCGUCUCACUACCCAACAACGCUACCGCGAUCCAGCUGCCCAGCACCACCGUCAGCCUGCAGCCUGUUCUUCAGGCCACAGUCUCAAAUCCAGGUCUGAAUCAAGCUUCAGUUCCUCAGCUGCAGACCACUAAGGUGGAGAUGACAACCAACCAGCAGCCGCUGCUACAAACUCUGACUAUGUGUAACAACACUACUGGUUUAGGAAACCAACCAAGGACUGAGAUGCAUCCCCAGUGUUUUCUGAGGAGCUCCCCAGAGAACAGAGUUUCUCCACAGGCUUCACCGAACCACCACAUCUCCAACGGACCCCUCAAUAAGUCGCCCUCCCCACAGCCUGCCUUCAUCCUCCAGCCCAACUCCCUGGUUCCUCAGCCACCAAAGACAAGAGAGCCCCCCCGCUACGAGGAGGCUGUCAAACAGACCCGCAACAUGCACAUUAACACUGUGUCACAG